CGAACCACAGAAGAAGAAGAAGCUGUUGUUUUGCUCAGACGUCACCAUCCGUGCUGGAGACCCGGGAUGCUGCUCCGCUGAUGUUCUCCGGGAGAACCGCGGACUGUGUCGGUGAACUCGGUGGAGGAUCCGCUCAGACCGGCCGAGGAGCCUCUGGAGGCGGACACGGCGCCACUCAGACCGCGGCUGCUGUGUGACCUGCGGGGGGCGCUGCGGCACCAUGAGCGGCGCGGCGCUCGGCCUGGAGAUCGUCCUCGUCUUCUUCUUGGCUCUCUUCCUGCUGCAUCGCUACGGAGACUUCCGGAAGCAGCAGCGCAUGGUUCUGUUCGGCACGCUGCUGGCCUGGUACCUGUGCUUCCUCAUCGUCUUCAUCCUGCCGCUGGACGUCAGCACGACCAUCUACAGGCAGUGCAUCGAAGACCAUGAGGAACACCUUCCUGUGUCCACCGUCAGCCCGGCCAACCGGACCGGGUCCAGUGGGCCCAACCCGCCCAACGCCAGCAUGGCUCUGACCAGAAGGCCCGUCCCGUCGCCGUGCCACCGGCCCUGGAGCUACAUCCCUGAGGGCAUCAUGCCCGUGUUCUGGAGGGUGGUGUACUGGACCUCUCAGUGCCUCACCUGGCUGCUGCUGCCCUUCAUGCAGUCGUACGCUCGCUCCGGAGGGUUCUCCAUCACCGGGAAGAUCAAGACGGCGCUCAUCGAGAACGCCAUCUACUACGGGACCUACCUGCUGAUCUUCGGCUCGCUGCUCAUCUACGUGGCGGUUCAUCCCGACUGGCUGCUGUCUCACCUGUCCUGGUACCAGCUGCAGACCAUCGGCAUCACGGCGGCCAACACGUGGGGCCUGUUCCUGCUGGUGCUGCUGCUGGGCUACGGCCUGGUGGAAAUCCCGCGCUCCUACUGGAACGCCUCGCGCCACGGACACCUGCUGAUGAAGACCUACUUCAAGGCCUCCAAGCUGAUGACGGAGAAGGCGGACGCCGAGGAGAACCUGGAGGACGUGAUGGAGGAGGUGAGGAAGGUCAGCGAGUCCAUCAAGUACAACCAUCCGCUGAGGAAAUGCAUCGACACCAUCCUGAGGAAGUGUCCCGUGGACUACCAGGACAAGAUGGGUCGGAACAUGGACGACUACGAAGACUUUGACGACAAGCAGAACUCGUACCCGACCGAGAAGAGUCUGGUCAAGCUGCACAAGCAGGUGAUCUACGCCGUGCAGAGGCACAACCGGACCCGGGUCCAGUGGCAGAUCCUGCUGCAGCAGGCCGUCCACCUGGAGGACGUGGCCAAGAACGAGACCAGCCUGAGCCACCAGUUCGUCCACAGCUUCCAGUCCGCCGAGCCGCCGGGUCGCUUCAGCCGCUACGUCUACACCCCGACCGUAGAGUGGUACUGGGAAUGCCUCCUGAAGCGCUGGUACUACCGGCUGGUGUCGGUGGUUCUGACCCUGUUCAGCGUGGCCGUGGUCUGGUCCGAAUGCACGUUCUUCAGCACCCGACCCGUCCUGUCGCUGUUCGCCGUCUUCAUCCAGCUGGCAGAGAGCGACUACAACUACCUGUACAUCGAGAUGGCGUGCUUCAUCACCAUCUUCUUCCUCUGCACCUGCGUUUACUCCACCGUGUUCCGGAUCCGAGUCUUUAACUAUUACUACCUGGCCUCCCACCACCAGACGGACGCCUACAGCCUGCAGUUCAGCGGCAUGUCAGUGGGGGGCGCUGCACUUCUUUCCCUACGCUUCAUCAUCAGGGUCUUUGGUCACAUAAAGUAUCAGUUGGGAUCAGAAAGGAUCAGAAAGGAUCAAUUAGGAUCAGAAAGGAUCCUACUCUUAUUAAAAUAGGUGGAAAAUAAUUAGAUGUACUGUAGAAAAUGUAAAUUUCUCAGAAAACUUGCUGCCCCUCUAAAGAUGUUCUUGCUGCUCUGGCCCAGUCUGGGAACGCGCUGCCUGAACCUCCUGGGCUUCCAGCAGUUUAUGGAUGACAGCGAGAUGACCUCUGACCUCAUCGACGAGGGAAAGGAGCUGAUCCGACGCGAGAGGAGGAAGAGGCAGAGGAUCGAAGACGGAGAGAACCGACGGAGAGAGUGGAAGGAGUGCUACGGCAACCAGAGGGAGGACUUCGCUCCGAGGAACCGGAGCAGCCACGAGAUGACGGAGACCAAUUACUCCGAGUCCAGCAGGGACAGACAGGUGAAGUAUUCUCGCUCCGCCGGCCGGGCGGACAGGGACAGCAUCGAGCUGCUGCAGGACGCCGAACCGCUGGACUUCAACGCCGACACCCUGACCGACGACAGCCUGGAGGCCGAGGCCGGCAGGCCUGCAGGUGGACGUUAUCUCUCCAUGUCUUCGUCUCGGAAUCGGAUAUUUGACGACGUCUAGCGUCUCGGCUGCAGCUCCCCUCCCGCCACGCAUGCUACUGACCAGCGCGCCCUCUGACCCCUGACCUCUGGGGUCAGCAAUCUGAAGGAUCUUUCUGAUUAUUUAUGAAUGAUGAAGCUGGUUUCCUCCACGCCCAUCAUCACUGAUGAAGGUCACAUUAAACUGUAUUUCUAUUUAA